AUGGCCACAAUGAAGAAAAUAGCUGCAGUGGUUGGCAGUUCAGGCAUCGGUAAAUCGAAGUUAGCAGUUGAAUUAUGUAAAGCUUUAACAGGACAAGUCAUUAAUGCCGAUGCUUUACAGGUUUACAAGGGACUAGAUAUUAUUACCAAUAAAAUACCUGUUCACGAAAGAGAAGGUAUUCCACAUCAUUUGAUGGAUUUUCUAGACCCUGAGGAGGAAUAUCAAGUCAACAACUUUUUAAAAGAUGCUUCAACAAAGAUUGAUGAGAUCAUACAUCAAAACCAGUUGCCAGUCGUUGUGGGUGGUACACACUACUAUGUACAGUCCUUGCUAUGGAAAAAUACGACGAUUGGAAGUGAGAAAGGAGUAGAGGAAGAGUUUUCAGAAUUGGAUUCAAUGGAGACAAGCGAACUCUAUGAAAGACUCAAACGUGCAGAUCCUGUCAUGGCCACAAAAUGGCACCCAUCAGAUCGAAGAAAGAUUCUAAGGAGUUUGAAGAUCUUUCAUCAAACCGGUCAACCGCAGAGUGACAUUGUAAAGCUGCAAAAGGAUCAGUUUGAUCUUCACGGACUUAAACCUCGAUAUAAAGCCUUGAUUUUCUGGCUGUAUUCGGAACCCGACAACUUGAACCCUCGACUGGAUGCUCGAGUAGACCAAAUGAUCGACACAGGCUUAUUUGAAGAGAUUAAGGAUUUGCGACGUAGAGUGAAAGAGGGCCAAGUGAGGAUGCCCGGUGAACAACUCGAGAAAUAUCAACGAGGACUAUGGCAGGCCAUAGGCUACAAAGAGUUUGACCCUUAUUUUGAAGCAUCCGAAAACAGUAGGCAAAGUCAUGAACAAUUAGAUACGAUCAAACAGGAAUGCGUAGAACGUAUGAAAGCAGCAACGCGACGCUAUGCGAAAACACAAAUAAAAUGGAUCAAAAAGAAAUUAGUGCCAACAGUGUAUCAGUCCAAGAAUAACGAUGUGCUGAUUUAUUGUUUAGACGCUAACAAUCUAGAUCUUUGGGAUACAAAUGUGAAGGACAAAGCAAUCGAAAUCGCGAAACUAUUUGCGUCGGAUCAAAUGCUUCCCGAACCGGAAACUUUAAGCGAGGUAGCAAGCACCAUGCUGACAUUGAGCAAAGAUGUAAAGGAUACACAAACAAAGAUUUUGACUUGGAGCAAAUAUACCUGUGAGACCUGUAAAACGGAGAAAGGGGAACCUCUGGUAUUGAACGGGGAGGAGGAAUGGAAGCAGCAUCAGAAAAGUCGAUUUCACAGAAAGUAUCUUAAACAUUUAAAAAUGGAGGCUAUGCGUAAAGCGCACUUGAAGAAAAAACAGCAACAGCAACAAGAAGAAUUGCCUUGA